UUAAACCAGGGGACUCUUUUUACGGUUGCAACAGGCACGCCAGUCAGAGUCGUGGAAGGACAUAUUUUGUUAUCAUUAUGUAUAGAUUUAUUUUGCGGAGGUUAUACGUGGCUCAAAAGCCUUCCGUGAAUAUAUUUGGAUCGUGUGUGUUGCCAGCAAAUUGUGACAAGUCUAUUGCUUCGAUAUUAAGACUGCCCAGUGUGUGUAGCGCUAAAUGCCUCAGCACACAUUCAAACAGGUUUUGUGAGAAUAAAAACAAUGUUGCCAACUCCAAUAAUGAAGACUCCACAGAGACCCAAACAGUCUCUAAACAACAAACUGCACAUUCCAGUGACAUUAAGAAAUUGGAUGAGGAAAAUGAUCGAGACAAUAUCAAGAAAACAGAUGUAAUUAAUGUGCAAGAUGAUGCUGCUGAGGGAAAAGAACUUGAUACGUCGAAAAGCGGGAAACAGAGUCUACUUGAUCUUCUGGGAGCCAUGAAGGUGGAUGUCACCAGCAAGAAGAGGCUAAAACUGUUGAAAAUUAAGCCAAGUGUUUCCAUCCCGACCUCAAGGCCAAUGGAAAGCAAGUUUCAGGAGGAUUCUGUGGAUAUUUCAUCUCAAAGACAAACCCUGGCUCCGGAAUUGGUCGCAGCUGCCUCUGCUGCUGCUUCCACUCUUCCGAACCGCAUCCAGGCCGAGUCUGAGCUGCUCAAGCAGCUGAGGCAGCACGAGGACCUCACUGAGGCUCAAAAAAAGGGAGAGGCCCACGACCUCGGAGUGAUUCUAGCUGACAUGAAAGUGUCAGUGAAAAGUCAAGCCAACAGACGGAACCCUCAGCCGGCCAAUGAGAUCCGGUUUGACGACGACGGGCAGGGCUACAAGCACAACAGAGGAGUCACUUCAGAGCUGGAUGGCGUUCGCAGAAAGUACAUCACCAUAUUUUUAUUUAUCCACAUCAUUUUUAUAAUGUCGAAGAGGAAAGUCUUGUUCUCUGGAAAAAAGCUUAACAUCUUCUCCCUUCCUACUGAUGAAGAGAAAGUUACUGAAACAGUUGCACGUCCAACGCUGUGGGACGUGGAUUUCGCUACACAACUGUCUUCAGCGGCCAACCAAAUGCCCCAGAAUGCCUUUGACAAAAUGAUCAAAUGGACCAAAGAGGGCACAUUGUGGCAGUACCCAAUUGACAAUGAAGCAUGCUUUGACGAGGACGCCAGAGUCCCCUUCCAUGAACAUGUCUUUCUUGAGAAGCACCUAGAGGAGGGCUUCCCCCAGCGAGGUCCAGUACGUCACUUCAUGGAGCUUGUGGUAGUCGGUUUGUCCAAAAACCCCUAUCUGACCGUCCAGCAGAAGAAGGAGCACAUCUCCUGGUUCAGAGACUACUUUAACCAAAAUCAGGAUGUCCUCAAGGAAGCUAAGGUUUAUCUUAAUUAAAUUUGUGCUACAUUUCCUAAGCCCCUUUAUGAUUAGCAAGGCUACUUUUGUUUUUGUGCAGAAAGUCAAAUGAUGCUCUUGUACAAAAUAUAUAAUAAAUUGUAGGGGUGUAACGAUU